GGGAGGAGAGGAGGGGUGGGGGGCAGGAAAAACACUAAAGGGGUAGCUAUGGAGAUGGAGCGUUUUCCUGGCUGCUUUCUUUGACAGGUGUUGAGUGGGACAAAAGUCUUAAAACAGAAUCCAGCAUGUACGCCAAAGGUAAAGGAGCCGUCGUCCCUUCCGACAGCCAAGCGCGAGAAAAGUUAGCUUUAUAUGUGUACGAGUAUUUGCUGCAUGUCGGCGCACAGAAAUCAGCACAGACCUUCCUGUCAGAGAUCCGAUGGGAGAAGAACAUCACACUUGGGGAACCACCAGGAUUUUUACAUUCAUGGUGGUGUGUAUUCUGGGAUCUGUACUGCGCUGCCCCGGACCGGAGGGAGACAUGCGAACAUUCCAGCGAGGCCAAGGCUUUCCAUGACUAUAGUGCGGCCGCUGCCCCCAGUCCAGUGAUGGGCAACAUGCCACCCAACGAUGGCAUGCCAGGGGGACCCAUGCCUCCGGGCUUCUUUCAAGGUCCACCAGGAUCUCAGCCUUCCCCUCACACACAGCCUCCCCCACACAACCCCAGUAAUCCCAUGAUGGGACCUCACGGACAGCCAUUCAUGUCUCCACGGUACCCAGGUGGCCCCAGGCCCGCCCUCCGUAUGCCAAAUCAGCCUCCUGGGGGCAUCCCCGGGUCACAGCCUCUCCUGCCAAACAGCCUGGACCCCACCAGACCUCAAGGACAUCCAAACAUGGGAGGUCCAAUGAGAAUGAAUCCCCCCCGAGGCAUGGGAGGGAUGGGUCCACAGAACUACGGUGGAGGGAUGAGGCCUCCUCCGAACUCCAUGGGGCCAGGGAUGCCGGGCAUGAACAUGGGUCCUGGUGGAAGAGGUCCGUGGCCAAACCCCAACUCAAACUCAAUAGCAUAUUCAUCUUCAUCUCCAGGCAACUACGUGGGCCCUCCAGGGGGAGGCGGCCCACCAGGAACUCCCAUCAUGCCUAGCCCCGGAGAUUCAACAAACUCGAGUGAAAACAUCUACACAAUGAUGAACCCCAUCGGCCCUGGUGGAAAUAGACCUAAUUUCCCGAUGGGACCGGGUCCUGACGGGCCAAUGGGUGGAAUGGGUGGUAUGGAGCAGCAUCAUAUGAACGGGUCACUAGGCUCUGGUGACAUGGAUGGGUUGCCAAAGAAUUCUCCCAACAACAUGGCAGGCAUGAACAAUCCCCCCGGCACUCCGCGGGAUGACGGCGAGAUGGCAGGCAACUUUUUAAACCCAUUCCAAAGUGAAAGUUAUUCACCCAACAUGACGAUGAGUGUGUGAUUUUUAUUUUUUAUUUUAUUUUAUUUUAUUUCUUUUUCAUCUCCCCCUUAUCCCAAUCUCCCUCUCCCGUCUGCCCCGGUGCAUCUUGCAUUACCUUCCUCCCUCCAUCCCACCUCCUCCUCUUCUUCCUCUUCUUCCUCCUCCUCCUCCUCCUCCUCCUCCUUGUGGACGGUGUGCUGCGCCACACAGCACCUGAGGAUACCCCUGGAAAGCAGGACUCCCCAUAAGGCCCCCCAUCCCAACGCCUGCAAAAUGGGUGUGAGAACAUGAAAACGGCGUCCAAGCAACAUGAAGGGUCUCCUCUCCGCUUCUCCUCGGCUGCCGGGCCCCAACGAGGGGCCCUCGGACAGUGAUAGCUCAACCUGCUCCAAGCCCAUCUCUCCCAAACGCAAAGCCUGCCCCUAUGGGUGUCAUGACAGCCCAAUCAAGAUGCCCCCAUUGCAUCUACCACCACUCUAUUAAACCAUGCUGAUCAUCACUUAUGAGGGCAUGCAGUAGUUGACUGACAGGGCGGGGGUGUAAACCCUCGUGCAGGAAUGAUAUUAAAUAAGAAAAAAAAAAAGAUGAACUGAUGAUGUUAUUUUGGGGCAAGAAUGGUUUUCAUUAAAUGUUUGUAUUUUGUUGUUGUUGUUGAUGAUGAUAAUAUUAUUGUUAUAAUUUUCAUAAUUGAUUAUUAUUCUACUAAUGUAGUUAUGAUUUCCUGUAAAGGGCACAUUUUAUCUCAGCAGCAGCAUCAACAAUGACAGAAUAAGCACACACUCGAAAAAAUGCACAAUGAUUUUCUGUUUACAUGAUUUUAGGUUAUUUGUUGUUUGUUUUUUUGUCACCGUCUCAUUUGACGUACCUGUCCUUUAAAGUUCCUUCCGAACUUGUAGCUCGUGUCUUUGCCUUCCAGAUAUUUGUAGCAGCAUUUUCCAUAAACUAUCAAACCAAGAGAGAUUGUGAUAAUUGAUUAUAAUUAAGAAGUUUUUGUAUCCCAGCUAAAACGCUCCACACAGUCACAACAAAUUGCUGUUUUCUGGUUCAAGGUGUCUGUUGACAGGUGCCAGCAUUUUGUGGAUCCUCUCGUCUCCUCUGUGGAUUUCGUCUCGUCUGUAAAUACAACAAUCGCUUGUAUUGUGGCUGUUUUAUUAUUUGUUAUUUACAAGUUGUCUGUGAAUCCUGAAAUUUGGUUCCUUCCCCCUUCAUCACGUCAUUUGAUUUCAGCCAUUUAAUGUGGACUCGUUCGAGUGGCACUGUUUUCCUCCCAGGACUCAUUCUGGUCUCUCCUCAGUUUUUUUCUGGACUGUCAGGGAGAUAAUCAUGAGGCUUUCGUGCUUUGAGUCUGGGUUGAACUCGCAGAUCCCUUAUGAUCCACUUUCUGAACCCAGGCUAAACAACAGUCUCCUCGGAGCUCCCAUCGACCUGUUCCCUCAGCGAGCCUCUUGCGUGUCGGAUAAUGGAUGCAGAGGAUUGGACGGCUGUAGCAGUGCUGCUGAUGGGAGCAGAAUGACGUACCUACGGGCGUUAACAGGCCAUUCUGCCACAUUAUUCUAAAGAAGAGGAACAAUUAUCAGAUACUAUUGUGGUGGAUUUAUUCCUAUUUUUUGUGGAUUUUUUUUAAUUUUUUUUAAAUGUAUACAAUUUAGGAAAAGAAAAGAAACUUAAAGCCCAUAAAAUCUGCACACAAAGAGAAGCCUAGCUACAUGUUUCACUAUUUAAUUUGUUUCUUUCUGUUUGUUUUGUACUCUUGGCCUGAUAAACUCACUGUUUCAAGGAGCACAUACUGUGUUCAAACCAACAAUAACUAAACAACCAGUGUAGCCUCUAUGGUUGAUGGGGGUGUACUUAUCAAUUUUCUGAUAUCAGCGUGAACAGAUUGAACCCAGAGUUCAACAGGGUGGUCUCCAGGUUUUUGGCUGUCAGUGGCCCGGGAACUCUCUCCAGUGUUCCUUCAAUUUAGUGACACACACCUGCCUUCUUUUCCUCUUUCCUCCCAUCCCUCACUCCCUCAAAACCUCUCUCCCUUUCUCUUUACUUUCUCUUUUUCUGUAAAUACUGUAUAAUGCAUUUUGAUAUCAUUGACAUGUUUUGAUAUGUCAGUCACUACCAAUGAAUACAGCUGAAAGUAAAUUAUAAAUAAAACUGUCCAUGUUUUUCACAGAGAUCGGAUGCGGUGACGAUUUGGCUCGCGUGGCUAAAUUUCCAUUUUAAAAAAUGUAUAGAAACACAGUAACACAAUAAAUGCAGACUGUAUGCUAAAGACUUGUUUGGUUGGGGGGAAGAUGGGACAGAGAGAGGACAGGACAGAGAGAAGCAAAUGAGCUGCGGCGUCCUCGCUCUGCCCUCGUCUCCAUACGCUUCAGUUUAAAUGUUACUAUUGGCUGCGAUUGAUCGGAAUCGUUUUUCUAAAGGGCGUCUUCUCACAAGAAAAAACAUGUGACCUCAUAUUGCAGUUUUUAAUAUGAAGGAUUUUUAUCAAUUUAAGAACUUUUAAAAAGGAGAAAAACACUUAAGAGAACCUCAUUUUAAAUUAAGAAUAGAUUUAAAAAGAAAAAAAGUAAUACUUAUGGGGAAAAACUGUGUCCUUUGCUAUUUACUCCUGUGAUAGCUUUGUAUAGAUUGAAGCUCUCUCACUGAUCCUCUCUCAGUCCUCUGUGUAUAUCGAUCGUUGGCCAUCUCUGUACUUCUAUUGUGAUGUAUAAUACUGUACCAUUAGGAAGAUUUGCUGGUCGGGUGGGGUGGGGGAAGGGAAUAUAAAUGAUGCUCCUGUACCAUUCAUGGUCCUUUCUGAUGACACGGCAGUAUUCAAUAUGAAGCAGUCUGUCUCUUGGGUUUGCUUUGUAUUUCAUGGUAGGAUAGUUCAGAAUCUUGUCUUAGGGACUUAGGUGUCUUGUGUAGGUAAUAAAGAUGUUCUUUGUAUGUUUCUUUAUAUUGUAAAGUUUCUUUAGACUGAAAGAAAAACAGAUGAUUUGCUUAUCAAAAAAGAAACAAUGCAUCAAUAAUAAAUGUCAUUUGAUUUUU